AUGGGUCGUAAAGUUCGAGAGCCCGAGUACACGAAUUGGUUCGAGCACAUCGAUCAAGCUGGUGGAGCGGUCAGAUGGGUGAUCAAAUCAAAGGACUUUCCAGCGAAUACCUCGGUGCAAUCGCGGCCAAAAGUUCGCAAUGGAGCCGAGAUUAAAUUGGAUGUUUUGAAUUCUCCAAGGAUACAGGAGAUCAUCAUCGAACAGGCCAAAGCUCGAGGAUGCGGCAAGGAGUUGGUGGACCACGAGGCUAAGGAAAUCCUCGAAACAAUGGCGCACGACUAUAACUUGAAAGCGGUGCGCGUGAUUGGAGCCGCCGUGGCAAAAGUCAUUCGGCAAAUUCUUGACGGAAUCUACGUGAAUUUUGAUCAAUUGAGACGAAUCCGAGAGUUGUGUAAAACGGAUUCAGUCGUUUUCAUGCCAUCGCACAAAUCGUACCUCGAUUUCAUUCUCUUGUCACUAAUGUGCUUUGAUCAGAACGUUCCCCUUCCAGCGAUCGCCGCCGGAAUGGACUUUAUGAACUCGAAAUUUAUGGGUGAAGCGUUGCGCAAAUGCGGCGCUUUUUUUAUUCGUCGAUCGUUUGGAACAGACAAACUUUAUUGGGCGUUGUUCACUGAAUAUGUUCAAUCACACAUCGUCAACUCGGAUCGACCGGUCGAGUUUUUUGUCGAAGGAACGAGGAGUCGAGUGGGAAAGAGUCUCUUCCCCAAAUACGGCCUGAUGCAAGUGAUGCUCGAGCCAUAUUUACGAGGCAGUGUUUAUGAUGUGGUAAUUGUACCAGUUGCAAUCAACUACGAUAAAAUUUUGGAAGAGAUUCUGUACAGCUACGAGUUGUUGGGCUUUCCGAAACCGAAAGAGUCGACUUCAGGUCUUUUCAAAGCGAUGAACAUUCUCAACGAGCGUUUUGGUAAAUGCUAUGUGACAUUUUGCGAGCCGAUCAGCGUUCGAAAACAUUUCGGUCUUUCGCUUCACCGAGCCGCCUUUGUUUGUCAGCCAGACUCUCAAUUCGUACUCUCCGAUCGCGAGAAGAGAGCAAUUCGAAAGUUAGGACAUUUAAUCGUCCGAGAGCACAACAAAAACUCGGUGAUCUCUGUUUGGCCGUUUGCAUGUCAAACAUUGUUGAAGUAUCUGGAAGAUGAGCAUCUUGAAGAGUUCGAUUUCGCUCAAUUGUUGACCGAAGUGAAAAAGCAAGGCAUACUGAUGAGCAAAAUGGGGAUCGAGCUGCAAAUUGAUAAGAGUUUAGAAGAGGAUUUGAGAUACUAUGUUGCUCUUCACGAUGAUCUCUUUGCGCCGAUCGAUCACACGAAAGAGACGUUCGCGAUGAAAUUAUUGGAUCAUCCAAUAGAGAAAUCGGGAGCCAUCGACAAACAAGUGAUGGAGAAGAGUGUCGGGCGGAUUGUGCUCAGCAACUAUGCGAACAAGAUGAUGCACGAGGUGGCCGACUCGGCGCUCAUCUCGCUCGUUCUUUCAACAAUACAAGAUCACAAGCAAAAUGUCGUUUACUCGAAAUUUAUAUAUUUACAAGCGGCGUUAGCUCGAGAUUUCGUUUGUGUUCCCGGUGAGGAGUUUCUCUCGUUUUCAGCCGCUCUCAAACAGCUCACUCAAUCAAAGAUUCUGGAAGUUUUCGAGGACGAACUCAGAAUCCUUGAUUUGGAAGCUGUCAAUUACUUGGGCGGUCUUAUCAAACCCUCAUUAGCUGCCUUCAACAUCGUAUUGAGCGUUUUGCAAGAGUGCGGUGAUCGCUAUGUGACAUUGGCACAGAUCGUGACACUCACACAAUUAAAAGCGGCCACAUUGUGGUCAAAAAGGAUCCCAUCGAUUAGAGCCUCUUUUCUCUCGACGGAUCCAAUAAAAAACGCUUUCUUCACCCUUGAAGACUACAAGAUUUUGAUAAAAAAAGGGUUAAAUGUGAAAUUGCAGGCUAAAAACUACGAGGUGAUCUACCAAGAGCUGGACAAAGUCGUUCACGAAUUCGCCGCUUAUUUGAAAACCCCAAGUGCAACAAGAAAUAGACUU